CGGCGGCUGGCUGGCUGGCACACGGCGGGGCACCGUGAGCUCUUUUCACCCGCCGCUUGUCCUCCGGCGCUCUGCCGCUACUUGGUGGCUGCCUCCUCUCUGUAUCGUCUGCUCCUCUCUUCGGGCGAGACAUCGGCUCGGCUCGACUCCCUCAAACCCUGUGGUGCUGGGCACAGCGUUAUGGCUCAGACGCUACAGAUGGCGAUCCCCAACUUUGGCAACAACGUCCUGGAGUGUCUGAAUGAGCAGCGUCUGCAGGGCCUCUACUGUGAUGUCUCCGUGGUGGUCAAGGGACACGCUUUCAAGGCCCACCGUGCAGUGCUGGCGGCCAGCUCAUCAUACUUCCGCGACCUGUUCAACGCGGGCGGCAAGAGCUCGGUGGUGGAGCUGCCUGCCGCCGUGCAGCCACAGAGCUUCCAGCAGAUCCUGGCCUUCUGCUAUACGGGCCGCCUCAGCAUGAACGUGGGGGACCAGUUCCUGCUCAUGUACACCGCAGGCUUCCUGCAGAUCCAGCAGAUCAUGGAGAAGGGCACAGAGUUUUUCCUCAAGGUCUCGUCCCCGAGCUGCGACUCGCAGAGCCUCCACGCCGAGGAGACGGAGCCUCAGAGUCCUGUCACUCAGACGGUCGGAGUGGCGGGCGGUACCCCGGUUGCCAGACCCGCGGCUUGUUUGACACCGCUACCUCUGAUGUCCAAAGUGAAGACAGAGCAGACGUCCACCACGCCUCAGACUCAACAGCAGGAGGGCUUCCCCUACUCGGUGGUCUGUAUCCCAGUGGCCAAGCGACUGUGGGAGGGUGGCAAUGGAGGGGGCGCUUCUGCAAGUGGCGGUGGCGGCCAAAGAAAGGCGGCGCGCUACUCUUCCACGUCGUCCUCCUCCUUCACCUCCAAUGCCGCUACCCAGGAUGCCUCUGGCCGGGGGGGCGCCCCAACAUUACUGGCAGGAGGCGCCAACAGCAACAACAACAGCAGCAGUAACAACAAUAAUAGUAAUAACGGUGGGACCCCCGAAGGCACGAGUCCAGGCACGCUCAGUCUGUACACCAGCGACUCGCCAAUCAGUUACCACGACGACGAGGAAGAGGAUGAGAUGGCGGACGAGAGCGCCGAAGAGCAGUACAGGCAAAUCUGCAACAUUUACACCAUGUACAGCAUGCUCAACGCCAACGCCACAGUGCCCGGUGAGAAGGUGGAGGCACUGCCGGACACCGCCCCGGACUCGGGGCGCCGAGGUGGUCGCCCCCGGCAGGAGCUGGCGUCGCUGCCGUCUGAGCUGAUAAGCCAGAUCGGCAACCGCUGCCACCCCAAGCUUUACGAGGAGGGCGACCCGGCCGAGAAGCUGGAGCUGGUGAGCGGAACCUCAGUGUUCAUCUCACGGGCGCAGCUCAUGAACUGCCACGUCAGCGCCGGCACGCGACACAAGGUUCUGCUCAGGCGGCUGCUGGCCGCCUUCUUUGACAGGAGCACCCUGGCUAACAGCUGCGGGACCGGCAUCCGCUCGUCCACCAAUGACCCAAGUCGCAAGCCGCUGGACAACAGAGUGCUGCACGCCGUCAAAUUCUACUGCCAGAACUUUGCGCCCAGCUUCCGGGAAAGCGAGAUGAAUGCCAUCGCUGCCGACAUGUGCACCAACGCCCGCCGCGUAGUCCGCAAGAGCUGGAUCCCCAAACUCAAACUCCUGAUGGCAGACAGCGAUGCCUACUCUACCUUCUUGGCUGACAACGUCAAGAUGGAGGCCGAUGGGCUAGGUGGUGAGCAGGGCUUUGACGCCGCCUCCCUGGAGGUAGCAACCGGGGGUAAUGAAGGAGGGGCGACGGCCACCGACGCCCUCCAGGACGGCGGAGGAGGAGGAGAUGGUAGCACUUUGUUUUGAGUGAGUGAACGGACAGACGGAUGUUUGGACAGACGGCAGCACGGGGUGCGGCCACUUUGUCGCCGCUUCCAAUGUUUUUCUUCCUUUUUAGCAUCACUUCCUUCUGCUUGUUGCUGCUCUCUUGCCAGCCCACAAAACGGAGCAUGUACCAUAAAACCCAGGACAGGAAGUGGGCUUCUCUUGUCUGCAUGUAGCGUCAUCGCGGCAAAAUCAAUCCCGUAUUACCCCCUCCUUCAUACUGAAUGUAUGUGCGUUUCGUGAAGGGUUUGCCCCAAAGAACCACUCGUGUUUGUUUACUUUUCCUUUAAAUUUAAACGUUUUUUUUUUUUGUUUUUACGUGUUAUUGCGAUAAAAUUACGGUGGGAUUUUUGGGCAUUGGUGACAUGAGAAAUCGUCUUAUCUGGAGGUCAAAAUCCAAAGUAGCUAACGAUGGGUUAUGAACCCAGGUUUUGGGGGGAAUACCCCUUUCAUGUGAAUAACCGUAGAGCCGACAUUUGCCUAUGCCAUCCACACAGACCAGCGAAGGAAUGGCAACAAUCUAUGGUUCUUCUCCUGCCGAAAUUGAUCCCGUGUUCUUCCCCAUCGAAGUCAUACUGAAUGUACGUGUUAUUCGUGGAGGGUUUGCCCCAAAGAACAACUUGAGUUUGUUUACCUUUCUUUACAAUUUUUUACUUUUUUUUUUUUUUUUUUUUUUUUUUUUUUUUUAA